UCCUUCCACUUAACCCUAAUCAGACAACCCGUGCGUCUUUCCUGUUAUACCGUUGAAACCCUAACUUCUUCUCUCCCUUCCCUUCCAGACACCACCCUGUUCCAACCUGUCCCCCUCCCUUCCUCCUUCUCUCUCCCUCCAUUCAUCUUCUCACCAUAACAAACUAAGCUCAUCAUCAUCAUCAUCAUCAUCUUCUUCUUCUUCUUCUUCUUUCUUCUUUCUUGAACAUGGCUCAUUUGCCACCAAAAGUUCCAAACAACACAAUGACUAACAACUGUGUCAAGUCUUCUGCCUCUUUUGAUGCUCCGGUAACUACAACCGGAGCUCAAACAUCAUGGGUAGAUGAGUUUCUAGACUUCACAUCGGUUAAACGAAGUGCUCACCGGAGAUCAGUGAGUGACUCUGUUGCUUUUCUUGAACCAGAUCCAAUGAUUACCACUGCAUGUGGUUCAGUGCAUGAAUUUGAUAAGUUGGAUGAUGAUCAACUCAUCUCUAUGUUCUCCGAUGACAUGCCUUUGUCUUCCGGCGGCUCAGCCUCCGAUCACAACAGUGUUAGUGAAGAGAAGCUUUGCUUGCCUUCCGAACAUCGGACCUCCAACGAGGCUGAGAGCAUUUGCAAGACUGAGCCACCGCUUCUCACCCCUCCCUCCGACCAAUCUAUCAUGGAUCCCAAGAGAGUCAAGAGGAUAUUGGCAAAUAGGCAGUCAGCACAGAGAUCUAGAGUGCGGAAGUUGCAAUAUAUUUCAGAACUUGAACGUAGUGUCACAACAUUGCAGAGUGAGGUAUCAGCAAUGUCACCAAGAGUAGCAUUUCUUGAUCACCAACGCUCAGUGCUCACUGUUGGCAAUAGUCAUCUCAAACAGCGAAUUGCUGCUCUAGCUCAAGACAAGAUCUUCAAAGAUGCUCAUCAAGAGGCUUUAAAGAAGGAGAUAGAAAGAUUGAGACUAGUGUACCAUCAGCAGAGCUUAAAGAGAAUGUCAUCUGGAACGGCAGCGGCCGGAGAUCGUCCUGCUGUGCACACUGACAAUGAGCUUGUCAGCUGAAGCAGAACAAUUUUUUUUUAUCUGUUUGUGGAGAAUUUAAAUACUGUAUGAUGUCUGAAUGUAUUCCCUCUUUUUUAUUUUUAUUUUUAUCUUCUUCUGUAUUUUACUUCUACUUCUCUUUUUUUUUCCUUUUUGUCUUAGAUUUAUUCUUUGGAUGUGAAGGUGGUGUUUUGUUUGUGUGUAUGGAAGGACAUUGCAUUAUGAAGUGGAGUAUGUGUUGUGUUUUCUC